AUGAAAAAGGCGUAUAAUGAUAAUAUUUGUAUAUAUAAGCAGCAACGCCUAGUAGAGUUUAUUUUACUCGUUCAACACACUACUCGAUCCGCUAAACUGCUGAGGCCUUUGUUCACUUUUAGAAUCGGAAGAGCUACUUCAAGUCUAAUUGUAAUGCAGUCCUCUAACGCAACAACUCGGAGCAGAAUAAAGGGUGCAAGGCGACAAUCACGUGGGUCUUCGCGUUCGGGGUCAACCGAACGUAAGAACAGGAGAGGAGGUCGCUCAAGAAUUCGAUCAAGAAAGCAAACAAGAAGUGUAGAAGCGAUAGACCCAGCCAUAGAGGCGAUGUAUAGAAAAAUUGACAAGCAACUCAUCAAGCACGAAUGGUUUCAUGGUGUCAUGCCACGAUCCGAUUGUGAAGAGAUUUUGAAGGAUGAAGGCGACUACUUGGUGCGAAGGACAACUGUCGCCAAAGCUGUAAAAUAUUGCAUCUCAGUGCGACAUGAUGGUGUUACGAAACAUAUACCAAUUAAUUAUCAGGACAACAAAUGGUCUAUUUUGAAUGAAAAUAGAAACACAUUGGAAGAGUUAAUUGAGUCAUAUAUGAAAGAGAGAAAAAUGAUCCCACCAUCAAAUGUGAUAUUAGUGACGGCAGUGUCGCGACCAGAGUAUUUUAUUCUACAUGAGGACGUAAUACUAGGAAAAAACUUAGGGCGUGGCGCUUUCGGUGAAGUCUAUGAAGGGAAGCUGAAGUUGAGAGAAGGCAAGCUUAUUGAUGUUGCAGUGAAAAGAGCACACGAAGGUCAUUUGAAGAAAUCACAAAUUACUGCGUUUGUAAGGGAGGCGAAGAUUAUUAGACGUCUAAAUCAUGCCAACAUUGUGCGAAUUUUCGGAGUGGCUGUGCUGGAAGAACCUGUGAUGAUUCUACUGGAGCUUGCUGUCAAUGGUUCUAUGAAGGCCUAUCUCAAGAAGAACGAGAGUGUGUCGGUGGACCAAAAACUGAAUUUUGCCAAGGAUGCAUGUCGUGGAAUGUGCUACUUGUCAGGAGCAAAGGUUAUUCAUCGUGACUUAGCAGCCAGAAACUGUCUUUUGGGAGAAUCAUACGAGGUGAAAAUUACCGACUUUGGUCUUUCCGUGGUAGACAAGAGUGAACUACGUCUUAGUAAACUGCAGAAGGUGCCAAUCAGAUGGUUGUCCCCGGAAACUCUAACUGAGGGUGUUUUCACAACGAAAACAGAUGUCUGGAGCUUUGGGAUUCUUACUUGGGAGAUCUUUGCAAGUUGCAAAUCGGAUCCAUUUCCCGGCAUCCAUAACGCAGAAGUGAUUGAGUUGAUCACAAACAAGACACCACCUAUAGAUCCUCCCGAUGGGUCACCAGAGAUAGUGAAAGUCAUCAUGGAUCAGUGUUUCAUUAAGAAUCCUCAUGAAAGAGCUGAUUUUGCAACCAUUUUCCACAUUCUCGCGCCGUCUGAGCCAUUGCCAGCAUCGGUAAUACUGAGCGGAUUGGACACGAAUGCUCCCAGCCAAGAACAGCAAAAAAGCUGCAUAGAACCCCUCCCUUUGCAAUCAGUCGAUUAGUGCUGCAAAUUUGUGCCUAAUUUGUCUAUUUAUACAAUAUUUAUCGUCAUGCACUUCGUACUCAAUAAUUGAUGAUAAUCGCUUCUAUGUGAUUAGGGUGUAGGCAGUCUCAGCUGCUGAAACCUCUUUACUAACUUGUUAAAAUAAAAGUUUAUCUUACUUUUUCCCCC